CGACCUCAAACGAAGCCCUCCUUCCUUUCUUACUCCGCAGUCAUCGCCGUCGUCUCUAGGGGGAUUUUUCUACUCCGUUGCGCAAUCAACCGGCUGCUGCUUCGCCGUCGUCUAUUCGUUCCGCCGGCAUACUUCCCUUUGCCGAUAAAAGACCUCUCCCUAAAACCCUACAAAAACUCCACCAUGCCCAUUUCAUCUACCGCGCAAUGAAGCGAUUCUUCAAAAUCUCGGAAUCCGAGCAGCUGCUCUCGCUCCACCACAAAUCCCUUGCCCAACCAACAUCAGCGCUAACUCCUUACUCCCUCGCCUUCACCAAAUCCCCCGCUUACCCCUCUGGCCGGAACACCGACGGCCCUUCCGCCGGGACUUCUCGCAGCGUUUAUGAGCUUUUCAUCGACAAAUUCUCUCUCGCGGUUGACAACAGAGGCAGGCAGAUCCUCGAGGAGAAAGUCUCCCGCUUGGCCGACACAUUGGUUCUACAUGCCGACGACUUCGAUAAAGUCGCCGGGGUUUUGGAGGAGUCCGGCCGCUCCUUGCUCCGGAGGUAUAACGAUGGAUCCGCUUUCCUCGAGUUGUUGAAGAUUUUGGGUCGUUCCUCGCCACAAUUCGCUCUUGAGGUUUUCAACUGGAGAAGGGCAAAUGCGGACUGGGGCAUUCCCUUGACUUCUGAGGAGUAUGCCAGGGCUAUUGCACUUGCCGGUAGGGUAAAGGAUGUAGUGUUGGCAGCUGAGCUUUUCUACGAGGCUAGUAAUAGUCGCAUCAGGACAACUGCAAUAUAUAAUGCGCUGAUGAGUGUUUAUAUGAUCAAUGGUCUUGCUGAUAAGUGUCAAUUAUUGUUUACGGAGUUGAAAAGGGAACCAAGUUGUGCGCCUUCAGUUGUAACAUAUAAUAUAUUAAUAUCGGUUUAUGGUCGAUUGUUACUGGUCGAUAAGAUGGAGGCUGCACUCCAGGAGGCAAAGGAUUUGAAUUUAGCUCCUAAUGUGAGCACUUACAACAAUCUAAUUGCUGGUUAUUUGACUGCUUGGAGGUGGGAUAGCAUGGAGAAAAUUUUCCAAAGGAUGAAGUUGGAUUCCGUCCAGCCUGAUGUUCAGACCUGGUUACUAAUGCUUCGAGGCUAUGCACAUUCUGGGAAGUUGGAGCUAAUGGAGAGAACAUAUGAGUUGGUGAGAGAUCAUGUUGAUUUCAAGGAACGUCCUUUGAUCAGUGCUAUGAUAUGUGCUUAUUGCAAGAGUUCUGUUCCGAAUAAGCUGAGUAGAAUUGAGGCACUGGUUGGCCUUAUUCCGAAGGAGGAGUACAGGCCUUGGUUGAAUGUGUUGCUGAUUAAGGUCUAUGCACGAGAAGGUUGCUUGGAGAGGAUGGAAAAGUCUAUUAAUGAGGCGUUUGAACGCCAGACCAUUGUAACAGCUACUGGUGUGAUGCGGGCAAUAACUGGGGGUUAUUUCAAAUAUGAUGCUGUUGAUAGACUUGCUAACUUCAUCAAACGUGCAGAAACAGCUGGGUGGAGAAUGUGUCGGAGUUUGUUUCAUGGCAAAAUGGUCCUGUAUGGAUCAGAGAAUCGAUUGAAGGAGAUGGAGAAUGUGCUUUCUGAGAUGGAUAAUGUCAACUUGGACUGCACGAAGAAAACAUUUUACAUAUUGUACCGCUCCUAUUCAUUGUGGGAUCAAAGGGAUCUUGCCAAAAAGAUCAUAGGAUUGCUUUACAAGCGUGGACACGGGAUUCCUGCUGACGCUUCUUUGUCAUAGACUUGAACACAUCAAUGGAUUUCCUUCUGGGUUAUGUGCAUCUCGAUUUGUGGAGGGGACUUUCCAACUGAUUCUCCCCAUACACAGUGUGAUGGGAUCAACGAUCUGACUUGAAGAAAAUUGUGUAAUCAAUAUAUGGUUGCAGAUCCCAGGAUCCAGACCCAUCAAACAUUUUUGCAGAAAGGUAGAAAAAUAACAUCAGCAAGGAUAUGACCAGUGCAUGAGGGUUGUUCCGCAGAAAAUUGAGCUUUGCCUUCUGGUUGCCCCUCCUACGAUCUAUGAUUAAGAAGUAAAUUGAAUUGCUCCUCGGAAUUCGAAAAGACUGAAGAGGCUGUUAGUUUGGGCAAGGUCACGAACUUCUCGCUUGUGGUCGUUUAUAGCAUCAGGGUUUCCAGGUCACUGGAAGUUGCUAUGCUGCUCUCUUUUUUUUGUGCGUGUAUACUAGGAUGCUGAUCUUUGAAGGAAAUACUAAAAUACUGACUCAGAAUUCACCAGUCCUAUUUCUUCUUGCUCUUCCCAAAUCAACAAAAGUUGUGUGCUCCUCACUGUGCAAAUGUAAGAGCUCCUUUUAGCAGGUGUAGGAGCGAUAUACAGUUGGUAGCCAUGGCGAUGUUUUAUGUGCUCAUAGUUGUAAUGCAAGUUAUGACACCAGGAAUAACACAGCAAAAAGCAAAAUUCGUUC